UUGUUACGUGUGUUUAGGCGUGGUCAGAAGGGUAAAUGAAAUUUUGCGCGUCAAUCUUUUUACAAGUAUUUAUUGUCAAGAAUUUGUAGCGUACAAUCACAUUAAUCAGUUAUGGAGAAUAGUUCUUCUAUUGUUCCACAACAAUCCUACAAACAAUUACAAAUAAAUUUGUCGGUAUAUCAUCAAAGAUCUUAGUUCCCUUCAGAUCUCAUUAACCUUCUUCCAUAUGAAAUGGCUAAUGAAACGAGGAGAAAAAGAAAAACUGCUGAUCCUAACGAUCAAAAUGCGAAGCGCACCAAAAGCUCUUCUGAUACUCAGAAUUCAGAGCCAGAUUCAGAAACUGCAGGGAAGGUGAAGCGAAUAUUUGUCAGAAAUUUCAUGUGCCAUGAUGCUUUGGAAAUUAUAUUAAACCAAAAUGUAAACUUCAUUGUUGGCCGCAAUGGAAGUGGUAAAAGUGCUAUUCUAACUGCAUUAGUUGUCGGGCUUGGAGCCAAAGCUACUGUUACUAGCCGAGGGACAUCCGUCAAAGCAUUCAUCAAGAAAGGAAAGUCGUCAGCAUCUGUAGAAAUCUCACUUGUCAAUGAAGGAGCACUUGCAUAUAAGCCAAAUGUCUAUGGGGACACAAUCACAGUUGUACGAACUAUAGGAUCCAGCUCCGGAUAUAAAUUGAAAAAUGCAGAUGGUGAAGUAGUUUCUACCAAGAAGGAUGAAUUAGAACGUAUUGUAUUAGAGAUGAACAUACAAGUUGAAAAUCCGAUUUCCAUCCUUAAUCAAGAUGUCUCAAGGACAUUUCUUGUUGCUUCUUCACCCAAAGACAAAUAUGGUCUCUUUAUGAAAGCUACUCAUCUAGAUAAAAUUGGUCAGAACUAUAAAGUGGCUCAGAAAUUGAGUGAACAGGCUAGACAACGACUGAAAGAGAGUAAACAGCGCUUAAGCGAAGCAAAAAAAGAAAUUGAUGACUUGCAAAAGAAUGUAGAUAUGUUAGAAUCUAUUGAAGGUAUUCGUGUAAAACAUAAUGCCAUGCAAAACGAACUGCGCUGGUCAAAAGCAAUUGCGGAAGAACGUAAGCUAGCCAAAUCACAAGCAAGCUUCGAAGAGUACCAGAACAAGGUGUUAAACUACGAAGAAGAAAUAAAAUCAAAAGACAUGAAGGAAAAGUUGAUAAGGACCAAAAUUGCGGAACUCAAAGAACAAGUAAAACAAAUUGAAGCUGAGGCUGUGGGUGGUACAGAAGCAUACAGUUCCGCAAGAAAAAAUUUAUCUGGAAAAAAAGAUGCAUACUCUGCAAAGGCUAGGGAGUUGAAAACCUUACAAAGUAAAAUAAAACGAAUAGAACAGGACAUUGCUAGUCUGCGUGGAGAAAUUCAAAGAUUAGAAGCCGACAGCAAUCAAGUUGAAAGUGAGAAACGUGCAGUCAAAGAAAAACUCGACAAGCUCGCAGAACAGUCCGCUGAAGUUGAUGCGAUGCUGCUGACAAAGAAGACGGAUCAAAUGCAUUUCGAUGGAAAUAAAAAUUACUUAAUCCAGGAAGAACAAAUUACCAGAGCAGAUCUUGAUAAAAUUGACAUUAAAAUCAGAAAUAAGAAGAGGCAGUUGAACGCUCUAAACCAAGAGUUUGGAGGUGCUGUGACAAUUUUCGGGCCCAAUAUGCCUCGCCUAUUACAGCGUAUUAAAGAAGAGCAUGACAGAGGGAAAUUUAAACAAAUGCCGCGUGGCCCAUUAGGACUUCAUAUAAAAAUGAUAGAUCGUGACUGGGCAGCUGCGGUUGAAAGUUUUCUUGGUGCCAACAUUUUGCAGUCGUUUUGUGUGGAUAAUAGUCAAGAUGCAAAAGCCUUGACUAAAAUAAUGAAAGAAGUAUUUCGAGGCGAGAACAUUCCCCAAAUUAUAUCCAGCAAAUUUUACUACAAGAUUCAUGACGUAAGCCGUAAUUGUACCCGUGCACCUGGAUAUCAAAAUUUAUUGGAGGCGAUGGAAAUCUCUGAUCCAGUAGUCGCUAAUUGUUUAAUUGAUCAACGAGAAGUUGAGUGUGUACUACUGAUACCCACAAGUAAAGAAGCAUCUGAAAUGCUAUCCGAUGUUCAUAGAGUGCCAAAAAAUUGUCACAGAGCUCUGACGCAACAGGGUGACACAUUUUUUCCUGAUCCAAACUACAGAAGUUAUGGUGGAAGACAAGGCUUGAGGGCAAGAUACUUACAAGUAUCAACAACAGAAGCAAUUAAGGUGCUAGAAGAAGAACUAGCUAUUCUGGAACAGGAGCAAAAAGUUGUUCUCAACCAGCACAAAACUGCUCAAGAAGGCUUACAGCAGGCUAAAAUUGACCUUAACAAAGCCAACGAAUAUGUCGCAAGGCUUAGGGCAAGCCAAACUAAAAUCAAAGCCGCCAUGAACGAGCUACGUGACAAGUGUACAAUUGAUGAUUCUAAUUCCGUAGCUGUUUUUACCAGCGAAAUGAAUGAAUUACUGAAAAAAGUUGAAACUGAUGCAGUGGAAGAAGAACGUUUGAAAGAAGAACUUAAAGAGCUCCAAAAUGAACUCGAAACGUCUGAGGUAGAGGUCAGGCGCUGCCGAGAUCUUGUACACUGUCUUGACGUAAAACUUGAACCGAUCAAAAAACUGAUGAUGGAUCAUGAUAUGGAAUUGCAAACGCUUCGUUUACAAUCUCAGCAUAGUGAACGUUAUUUGAUAGAAACUCAACAAGAUUUACAGAAAGCUACCGCAGAUCUCGAAAUACAACAACGGGUCACUGAUAAAGCCGUUGCUGAUGCAGCUGGAGUGUGUCCUCGAAUAAAUACACCAAGAAACCCAAAUGAAAUUAAUCAUAAUAUACAAGACUUGAAAGCUAAUAUUGAUUCGGUUGAAGAACAUUUUGGAUCCAAAGAGGAAAUAGCUGCAAAAUUGGACAGCAAACUAAAAACAUACAACAAAAUUAUGGAAUUUGCUACUGCGAUUGAGAUUAGCAACGAUGAACAAUUAAGACGAUUGGAAAAAAGAAGACAUCUUUAUCAAAAGAUGAAAAAACAUAUUUCCAACAAAGUGCAACAUUCUUUCCAAAGUGUACUGGCAUUGAGGAAAUACCAGGGUACAGUGAAGAUCGAUCAUGAAAAUCGAUUACUGAACCUGGAAGUUAAUCCCGUGGGUAGCGCAAAGAGAACAACCAAUGACGCCAGAUCUUUAUCUGGAGGUGAAAGAUCAUAUUCCACUGUAGCAUUCAUUUUGGCAUUAUGGGACUGCAUAGAACUUCCGUUUUAUUUCCUUGAUGAAUUUGAUGUAUUCAUGGACAAAGUGAAUCGACGCGUCAUUAUGGACAUUCUCCUUGACCACGCUAAAAGUCACCCAAGAAAUCAGUUUACUUUCCUGACUCCUUUAGACACUUCAAACAUUUCAGCCGAUGAUUAUGUAUCCAUACACCAAUUAGCAGCUCCAGAAAGGGCUGGAGAUGGUGCGAAGUAACGAUAAAAAAAAAAAAACGAAAGCAAUCUUCAUACCAGUGUAAGUAGCAACGUAAAAGCUUGACAUGUCUCAAGUACUUCCUAAAGUAUUGAAGUUUUAGAGCCUUUAUAGAAUAUGAUUGAAUUUUUUCAAAGUCGUUUUAAACGAGUCUUUGAAUCAUAUUUUAAGGUUUGAUAAACAGCUUUCCGUGCAUACUUUAAUGCAAUAAGAGGUUAUUGAAUUUACUAAAUGAUUCUAUUUUUAUUAAAUAUAAUAAUAUAUUCUCGACUAAGCGUUUCUGUAGUUUGUAUGCAGAGUUAUUUUUCUAGCGUUUCGCAAUAUAAGGUUCUUCUCUUUAAGACUAAGAUCUAGUACUAAGCAAGUAAAUAAUAUAAACGUAAAAAACGUUUAACACAACCAAAGAAAGUAUAGGUACGUGUCAUGGGAAAUCCCCAAAAAUUGAAAAUCUGGAUAAUUGAAAUUCUGUUACAAUACCAUUACUCAUUGUCUGCUAAUUGCAAACAAAUAGAAUUGCAAACAAAUCUCGAAAUAGUUAUUUUCUAUCAGACUUAGAUGGAGUGUUGAUUCGAUAUUGAGACACCAACUGAACGUAUCUUUCAAUAAUAGUUCUUCGUUAUUGCGUAUUAAGCUUUUGUAAACCAAGGUAAUUAUCAUGAAUUCUUAUCGGUGACUCGAUUAAUAAUUCAGGUAGUUCUUUUUUCAGGGAUUUCAUACGAAAUAGGUCUUUCAAUAAGCAAUUCAUACAUAUAUUGUUUGUUUAUUUAGGUGACUAAGUUCUUUUAUUGCUAUAUUUUGAAAGUGAUACUGUUGUUUGGUUGUCUUCAGAGAUUGCGUCUAUCAAUCUCUCAUAGUUCGAUUCAAAACUAUUGCAACACGGUAUUAAAAUUUGCUCGUUACCAGUCACACCAUAUUUUUUUCAUGGAUUAAGAAACUUAUUUUUUUUGGCCAAAAAAAAAUAAUAACAAAACGUUCAAAAAACCUCUUUGAUAGGGGUGAGAUUUCCGGAUACGAAUACUCCCUGAUUUUAUUUAUUUUAACACUUUUACGUACCUACUCCUUUUACAUUUACUUUUGUUUUUUGUUCUUUUUUAGUAUAAGUUUUUGCGAGAUUUGCUUUUCUUUUUUUCCUUCUUUAUUGAGUUAUGUUUUGAAAUUUUUCAACUCUAAAUAAAGCAGCGAUGAGGUGAAAAAAUGGAAAUUCGUGUGACCAUUGUAUAAGGAUAAAAGGCCAUUUUGACAAUCGCGGUUGAGAAAUAAUUAUUUUGUGUACCUGAUAUGUGAUCUCCUUCAAGCCUUCUAUAUUUCUAUAUUGUUCUUAAAGUCUUCCGAACAGAAUAAAAUGUUAUAAAUUUUCUUAGAAUCCCCUCUGUACAGCAGUCUUCAAUAUAAUUGACCGCUUACUUGUAACUGUAAUACUUACACCUUUUCUACGUUGACUAAAAAGCAAAAGGAGACGAGCUAUGUGUUUCAAAAAAGUUGACUGUAAAUCUGGAGGAAACAAUAAUUCACUGCAUAGGCACUAAAAUAUAUCGUUUAUUGACAUGAA